AUGGUGAGGGCUCCCUGCUGUGAGAGUAUAGGCUUGAAGAAGGGGCCCUGGACGGCGGAGGAAGACCAGAUACUCGUCUCCUACAUUCAGCAAUACGGCCACGGCAACUGGCGGGCUCUCCCCAGGCAUGCCGGUGAGUGUUGCACCAGUGACAAAUGGACCCCUUAGGUGCGGUAGAAUGAAGCUGGGUAGUGAUCAAGAGAGUUGCUGAUGCUACACUCCAUUUGAUACUCUUGUGAUGAAACUAAAAAGCUCCGGUGUCCUUGGGUUUCAGGCCUCCUUAGGUGCGGGAAAAGUUGCCGGCUUCGGUGGAUGAACUACCUCCGACCUGAUAUCAAGAGAGGCAACUUCACCGAGGAGGAAGAGAACGCCAUCAUCAGCUUGCACGGAUUGCUCGGCAACAAGUACUAUUCUUCUCAAGAAUCUCUUCUGGAAGGUUUAAUCGAAUUCCGCACCCUCGCUAACGUUGCUGUUCCCAAUUGCGUGCGUUUCUACAGAUGGUCCGCCAUUGCCGCUAAGCUUCCGGGCAGAACUGACAACGAGAUCAAGAACGUGUGGCACACCCACUUGAAGAAACGAGCGAAGUCGAAUGGGGCUGAGCGGGAGGAGCCCGUGAAGGAGGCGGCGACUCCAUGGCGAUCAUGCAGCGAAUUAUCCUCAUCUACUACCACCGGCUCUUCCACCGCCACCCGCGGGGCAUCGGUGAACGAAGGGCACACAGGAUCGCCGCCGGAGCCGCUGGGAAUGGACGAGGACGACUGGUGGUCUGAGGCCCUAUCCUUGGACAGUUCCGUCACGUCGUUGGAGUUCUCCGAUUCAUCCUCUUGCCUCCUGCCCUUCGACCGAACAGAUGUCUCUUCCGGGGAUGAAGACGAAGAUUUCUGGAUGAGGGUGCUGAUGGAAGUCGGAGGGCUUCCGGAGCUUCCGAACUUUUGA